AUGUUUAGACAAUCAAAGAAUGUGUUGAUGAUGGUCUUGUGCCUGAUGAUGGCCACUGUUGCUAUGUGUGCCAUCCCACCUCCUAUCGAUGGACCACACUUGGUACCUCAGCCAAGGUCAUUGACAUUCGGCUCCGAAGUGAUGCAGGUCAGUCCAAGCCAAUUCUCGAUCGAGACAUCGUCCACCUCCUCAAUCCUGCUAGGAGCCAUCGAACGUUACAGACAGCUGCUCUUUAGUUUUGGUCCGGGUGCUGGUACUUCUGGCGACUCCAACGCCACACUCAUCAUCAAGGUUGGCAGCGAGUCCGAGGUGCUGCAGUUGGGCAUCAGCGAGAACUACACGCUCUCUGUCAACUCACUCUAUGACAUGACCAUCACUGCCGACACUGUGUUUGGUGCCAUGCAUGCCCUUGAGACCUUCUCUCAACUCAUCUCCUACGAUCUCAACAACAACACUUACACCAUUGCCAACGUACCAAUCCAAAUCGAUGACUACCCUCGUUUCCCAUGGAGAGGUAUUCAGAUUGACACUGGUCGCCACUUCAUGCCAACCAACUUCUUGUUGCACAUUAUUGAAGCCUGUGCGUAUAACAAGUUGAACGUACUUCAUUGGCAUGUGGUCGAUGCCGAGUCAUUCUCUGCUCAAGUGCCAUCGAUGAUGAACAUCACUGAGUUGGGUGCCUUCUACAAUAAUGAAGUUGCAAUGUACACUCCUGAUCAGAUCCAAGAGAUUGUCGCUUAUGGUCUGUCAUGGGGAGUACGUAUCGUUCCCGAGUUUGACGUCCCAGCCCACACCUUCUCUUGGAGCAAGGCAUUCCCCGAGGUGAUGGCCGUGUGCCCAUCAUACACCGACCUUGACGGCAUGCCCAUGACCCCAGCAUUGGACCUCACCUACGAGGUGAUCAACACCGUCUACACCGACAUGGCCAAGAUGUUCAUCGACACUGUGUUCCACAGCGGCGGUGACGAGGUGCCCUACUCCUGCUGGCAGGAGGACCCCACCAUCACUGCCUUCAUGAAGGACAACAAGCUCGACAGCUACACCGACCUCGAGACCUACUUCCAGGACAAGAUCACCGGCAUUCUCGACAACAAUCAGAGGACCAAGAUGAUCUGGCAGGACCCAUGGGCCAACGGAUGUCCAAUCCGCAGCGACACCAUCAUCCAGGUGUGGCAGUUUGGCGACCUCCAAAAGAUCGUCAACGACAAGCUGCGCGCAGUGGCCUCGUUCAGCUACUACCUCGACAUGCAGAGCCCAAUUGGCGUGUCGCACUAUGAGUUUGAGGACACAUGGCAGGACUUUUACUCGGCCGUCUCCGACCCACAAUACCAGAUCACGACCAAUGCCGACUAUGUGAUUGGUGGUGAGGCGUGCAUGUGGGGCGAGCAGGUGGACCAGCGUGACUUUGACGUGCGUGUCUUCCCACGUACCGUUGCGAUCGCCGAGCGUCUCUGGUCCGAUGUAUCCGUGACCGAUGUCAACAAUGCAUUGGCUCGCUUCAAUCCAUUCUCGUGCCACAUUGCCAAUCGUGGCAUUCAAUCCGGUCCACUCUUCCCCGACUGGUGUCUCCUGCUCAGUGACUUUGCCGACAAUGUUAGAAAGCCAAACUUCCGUCUAACCAAGCAACAAAUCAAGGAUCUAUACCAAUCACAACAAUAA